AUGGCCUACAUCUCAACUCCGACCCGCUUACAACGAUCUAUUGGCGCACUUCUCGGCGUCCAUGCUGGUGACUCUCUUGGUUCCACUCUCGAGUUUAAAAGCCAUGCCAACAUUAAGGAGUCACACCCUACCGGCCUGCGUGACAUUGUUGGUGGUGGUGCCUUUCAACGUCCGGCCGGCGCCGCAACCGACGACACUGACAUGACGCGCGGUGUCCUCCUCGCCUAUUUCGACCACCAGCAACUGCUGGACAACGGCCAGACAAAUAACGCUGAAGGCCAUGACGUGGCCAAGCUGGCAGCGCAGUACUUCUUGGCUUGGCUCAGUGGCGAUUGGCCUGGUCGGCAGAAGGGCAGACGACCAGUCGAUAUUGGCGGCGCGACGCUUAGGGGCUUGGAAAUGUUCAAGCGGACGCAGGACCCGGAGCGGGCAGGGGCAGGGAUUGGGCAGGCGGGAAACGGGAGCCUGAUGAGAUGCAUCCCCACCGGGAUAUUCCAGACAUGCCGACGAGAAAUGACGCAACAGUCGAUGAGGAUAUCGGCUAUCACGCAUGAUGAUGCAAGGUGUACAAUCUCAUGUGCGGCAUAUAAUACCGUGGUGUAUGCCUUGCUCAAGGAAAAGUCGCCAAGAGAGGCUGUAGAUGAAGCUCUCCUGGUUGCAAAGAGUCUGGAGGAGAACUGCAAUCAAGAUACUGGUUGUGCGGUGGAGAAGGCGAUCCGGCUGGGCACGACGCUUAGCGUUGCAGACAUGGCAGAAAACGGGCCUGAGUCGUUUGUAGGCAAGGCCAAAGGUUACGUGCUCGAGUCUCUCUCAAUUGCAGUGGCUGCUCUAAUGGAUAUACGUCCACUGGAGGAUGUUUUGGUAGAUGUUGUUCGGAUAGGGGGUGAUACAGAUACCAAUGCUGCAAUUGCUGGAGGCCUUCUUGGUGCCCGUGAUGGUGUUGAUGCUAUCCCUCCACAAUGGCGUGAGAAGCUCCAGUUUCGGGAAGAGUUUGAAAGAAUUACGAAGCUUUUAGUCGAAUCUAUAGAAAGAAAUGAUCACUGUAAGCAAGAUAGUUAUAGUGUAGUAUAA